UUGGAGGCGGUUGUUUUUACCCAGGCCGCCGUGCCUAGCGCUCAGCUGGAGCUGCGCGGCGUGGAAGCGUGAGCCUUCUUGGAGAGGGGCUCUAGAGCCAGGAGGGAGCCUAGAGGGCCAAAGGGAAGCUGAGAGCAGGAGAGCACGCCGGUGGUGGUCGGCCGUCGCAAUGUCAGCGCAGUGCUGUGCGGGCCAGUUGGCCUGCUGCUGUGGGAACGCUGGCUGCUCCUUCUGCUGCGGCUGCUGCCCCAAGAUCCGCCAGUCCCGGAGCACCCGCUUCAUGUAUGCGCUGUACUUCAUCCUGGUCGUCAUCCUCUGCUGCAUCAUGAUGUCCAACACCGUGGCCAACGAGAUGCGGGAGCGUAUCCCCUUUUUUGAAGACAUUUGUAAAGGUAUUAAAGCUGGCGAUACCUGCGAGAAGCUGGUGGGCUAUUCUGCAGUGUAUAGAGUCUGUUUUGGAAUGGCCUGUUUCUUCUUUAUCUUCUGCCUGCUGACCUUGAAAGUCAACAACAGUAAAAGUUGCAGAGCCUACAUUCACAAUGGCUUUUGGUUCUUUAAACUUCUGCUGUUGGGGGCCAUGUGCUCAGGAGCCUUCUUCAUUCCAGAUCAGGAGACCUUUCUGAAUGCCUGGCGUUAUGUGGGAGCCAUCGGAGGCUUCCUCUUCAUAGGCAUCCAGCUCCUCUUGAUUGUGGAGUUUGCACAUAAAUGGAACAAGAACUGGACUGCAGGCACGGCGACCAACAAGCUGUGGUAUGCCUGUCUGUCCUUGGUGACCCUCAUCAUGUACUCCAUCGCCACGGGAGGCUUGAUUUUGAUGGCAGUGUUUUAUACACAGAAAGAUGGCUGCAUGGAAAACAAAAUUCUCCUGGGGGUAAACGGAGGCCUGUGUCUGCUUAUUUCAGUGGUAGCCAUCUCGCCCUGUGUCCAGGAUCGUCAGCCACACUCCGGGUUACUGCAGUCGGGGCUUAUCAGCUGCUACGUCACGUAUCUCACGUUUUCCGCUCUGUCCAGCAAACCUGUAGAAGUAGUUCUCGAUGAACAUGGGAAGAACGUCACCAUCUGUGUGCCUGACUUUGGUCAGGACCUGUACAGAGACAAAAACUUGGUUGCUGGACUGGGUACCAGUCUCCUGUGUGCCUGCAUCUUAUAUUCAUGUUUGACAUCGACGACAAGAUCGAGUUCCGAUGCUCUGCAAGGGCGAUACGGCGCUCCUGAACUGGAAGUAGCCCGGUGUUGCUUUUGCUUCAGCUCUGGUGGAGAGGACACCGAAGAGCAGCAGAAUGUGAAAGAGGGCCCUCGGGUCAUUUACGAUGAGAAGAAGAGCACCGUCUACACCUAUUCCUAUUUCCACUUUGUGUUCUUCUUGGCUUCCCUCUAUGUGAUGAUGACCAUCACCAACUGGUUCAACUACGAAAGUGCCAACAUUGAAAGCUUCUUCAGCGGGAGCUGGUCCAUCUUCUGGGUCAAGAUGGCUUCCUGCUGGAUAUGCGUGCUCUUGUACCUGGGCACGCUCAUCGCCCCCCUCUGCCGUCCCUCUCCCCAGUUCUCCGUGUGAAGGUCCCACCCAUCUCCCUGGUUCCACAGGCCUGCAGGCUGGAGGCGACAUCCUUGGAACAAAUGUCCCAGGAGUCUGAGCAGUAACUGGUACUUUGUGACAAGUUGGCCUCCCUUAGCUGGCUUCGGUGGGUCUAAAAAAACUCUGGGCUGGGGGGAAUCACCUGAUUAGCUUUUGAAUUCUGAAAUUGGAAAGAAACUGCCAAUUUGUCCCCAAAGGAUUGCAGUGUUCACCUGGGCUGCUCCUGAGUUCCAUUUUGUAUGUGUUUUACCCCCUCAAAACUGGGGUAGCGGUUAGGCUAGUAGUUUCCUUCUGCAUGUUUUUACCCAAACAGAAUUUGGAGCACAAUAUCUUAUCACAGGGAUACAAGCUUGCCUUGUGUGGCCUAUUCUUCCUUUCCUUGAAAUAGAAAAACAGGACAAACUCUGGAGCUCUUAGCCCCUGACUGAAUGCAGCCCCCUCUCCCACACCUCGCCUGCAGGACCCCUGCUCCCGGUUCCCUGCUAUUUAUUGGAUCCAAGAGGAAGCAUCUGCUUUCAACUCCACCCUUGUGCUGUUUCCUCCCAGCCCCCAAACGUUUCCCUUUGAGGUUGUGAUGCUGGGAAUCACAGACUUCCCUCUACCCGUACCCUUCCCAGGGGGUCCCCUCUUCCCUUCUGGGUUCAGCGUCUUUGUUCUAAUGUGAAAAAAAGCACAACUUGCCAUCAUCAGCCAUGUGGUUGCCUCACCAGAUUAUCACCACCUGAUCCGAGUUACUGCAGUAAUCUGACUCUUACUCGUGGUGUUUUUUCUCAUGAUUCCAGAACAGUGUUCGUGUUGUUUUCUCUGCCGAAAGGAUGGGGGGCUGUAGCUCUUACUUAUUUGUGGGUUGAUGGUAGUGAUGCUUUAGGAGCUUCCUGGGGGAGUUGCUUCUUGAUUGAAGCCUGCUGUACCCCUGUUUCCGUUCCUAAAGUCACCCAGGUUUUCUUCCCCUUGAGGCCUUUGAAACUGGAAAUGCCAAAGGGCUUUUGUUUUCCAGAUCUGUGACGUGAUCACACUGUUAACGUCCAUUAUGAUUUGGGGGGAUAGAUUGACCAAGGUGAGGAUCACAGGCAGCACCUCAAACGGGGCUGACCAGGCCUCUUAAUUAUACAAGUUGUCGACGUGACCAAAUAGACUUAGAAGAAAAGGUCGGUGGGGAGGUAUUUCAUUAAGCCAUAAGCAGAAGCCACAGAAAUUUCCAAAAUACAUACUUCGAGGGUGGUAACUUAAGAAAGACUUGACUCCAGGCACCUGCCCAAGAAAACACCCAUUUUCGGUGUUGAUAUGCAGUCAGGGAGAGUUUAUGUCAUGCAAAGUCCCUUGGAGACCCCACUGGAGACACGGUGGGGGCCUGCCUCUUAUACUUCACACAGAGGGAAAGAAUCCUCUCGGCACCCUGGCAGAGAGGGGCCAAGAGUGAAAAGAUGUGGCCCGCUCUCUGCGCCCUCUUGCGUGCCUUGGGCCGAUGUGGGUCCUGCCUCAGCUGGGCUGUGGGAGGCCAAAAUGCUGGCCCGGGAAGGUCGUCCAGCUCUUCAUUUCCACCCAGUUCCUUGCCCUCCUCCCAAGAAAACAGGCAGAGGCGGCAAAGCAUGCAUGAAUUCCUCCGAGAUCUUGCCUUAUUUACAGUGCUGGAGAUGUCGGGUUUUUUAAAGGCACUCACUGUAUGUGUGAGAGAGCCUUGUUCUGUGAACUUGAUCAGAUUUCUUUGCAGGCCAGGAGCUCUUUGAACCCAGUGGUGCAAAGAUCCUCUAGGGUCCCAGCCCCUGGUUAAGCCCAUGGGUGUGGAAGCUCUGUGGUCGGGCAGGUGGAGGCAGUGGGUGGUGUGCAGAGGUGGCCGCAGAGGCUGGUGGGUGUCACGGGGCUCUGGGUAAGUCGCACUUGGCCUGAGCAAAGACCAAGAGGCAAAGCAGGCCAAGAGCCUGCCCCCAGUACCUGGUUUCAUUGUGUUUUCUUCCUGCUGGGGUCUAGCGGGGUCUGGCAGCCAGCUGCGUGACUUUAGAAUUGGCCCUUAUGGCAGGCCAAGGGCAGGCUGACCAGGCCCUGUGUUCCUUAGCUCACCUUUGUUGGGCUCUCUCUGUGCAGAAAAAAGCUCAGGGGGAGACCCAAGGGAAAGGACGUUACGGUGGCCAGGCCCUCGGAACUGCCUUCCUACUACCUCUCCCACUCCCUGGCCACUCCCCCACCAACCUACAUUUUCUCCAGCUGCUUAAGACUUGGUUUGUGGGAGUUCCUGUUGUGGCAUAGCAAAAACAAAUCUGACUAGGAACCAUGAGGUUGAGAGUUCGAUCCCUCGCCUCGAUCAGUGGGUUAAGGAUCUGGCAUUGCUAGGGGCUGUUGUGUAGGUUGCAGACACGGCUUGGAUCCUGCAUUGCUGUGGCUGUGGCAUAAGACAGCAGCUAUAGCUCUGAUUUGACCCUUAGCCUGGGAACCUCCAUGUUUAGGUGCGGCCCUAAAAAGACAAAGAGAGACUUGGUUUGUGCUUAAUGAUGUUCCCUUCUAAAGAUGGAGUUACAGUCACUCUAAUUUUUAUUGUCAGCUCAAAGUUUAAGCAAGUUUAUGUGAAAGAUCAAGAGAUGUGGACAUACUCUGAGUGCAUAUAAAUAAGUUGACUUUCAUGAUUAUUAAUUGUAGCAAACAAUACUCAGGUGAUCAGUCAACAUUCAUGGGUUUAAAGGACCUCCAUUUUUGUGCUAUUGUGUUUUAAGAACUGGAAAAAUCGUGCCAAUCUCUUUGAGUUGCUGUAAGGACGAUGUUCAUUUGUAAACUCACCGAUAAUCUUUUUUAAAUAAUAGACUUUUGCUUCCUACAGUUUUUUAUACCCGAUUUUAAAAGUGCAUUCCCAGAGCUGCUGGUCAGACUCCUUUAUCGAAGAAAGCUGAAGAUUUUUAAAAACCGUGAAUGCUUGCUUCCUCUGUGCUGUUCAUCUGAUGUGGAAAUGUUUUCCCCUCUCAUUUUCACGAGUAAAGAGACUUAAGUAGCGGGAAGGAUUCUUUUGGGAGUGUUGCUGUGUAUGCGUAGACAUGUCACCUGCCUGCAGACCAGGCAGAGGCUGGUCAGAGGCUUUUGGAAACCCUGCUGUGUCAUUACUGGGUCGAAUCUUCUGUGAUCCCAGUUAGUUGGUUUUGCUUUUUGUCCUCACAGUUUCUUGGGAAAUGGCUUGAAAGAAUUGUUGGCCAGAAGUGUUCAGAGCUCCUUUGUAGAGCAGAUGGGCUGAUGGCGGGUGGGGUUACUGAGGAUCUGGGGUUCGGGUGCCCAUCCCCUGUGGCUAGCAGGGGCUCCCACACCCUGUUGUUUUAUUUCCAGUUGCUCAGAGGCACCUUGAUGAUGGAUGAUGAGCUCUGUGUAGUACUAAUUCCCACCCCCCAUCCCCAAAUUGUCACCUUCUGCCUUUUUAAGAUUAUGUGCUAAUUUAAUUUUGGCCGAAAGUUUACUACCAUUGGUGCUUCUGUUACCCUGCAAAGGGAAUUCCAGAGCUGUGUGCGUUUAAGCUGCCUAGAGCUUUUUCUCCCUUGACCGCCUUUCUAAAGAGCAUCUCAUUUUGGUGUAUGGUCAUGUUCUAUCCCUCUUGGAAAUGAAAGAGGGUUUAAGCUAAAACUAAGAAGAGUGUAGCCUUGGGACAAGACCCCACAGGUCCAGGGAACACGCUGGGCCCUCAUUAUUCAAGGACAGUGCCCGAUGCCCCCGGGCUCAUGGCAUUUUCUGCAGGGGAUUUUUGUUAAUUUGCUAAAUCCCCAUGACCUUGUUUUUAACCAUGUUUCCUGCCAUUGAAGUGUAUUUUUGAAGCCUCAGACCUUCUAAUCCAGUGCUGCAUUCAAGGCAGUGAUGCACGCUCCAAUGUUAGACCUGCUUUGCAAGACCGGAGAGCUGUUUUCACAAUGUUUUGAACCAACACUAGCCAUUCUAAUACUCUUUCUCUUUCUCUUCUCUCCCUUCCUCAGUAAAACAUUUGCAGAGGUGUCCAUUUUGAAUGGGGGAAAAACUAUUUGGCUUUUUACCAAAGAGGUAUUCUUUUUUUUGACAGCAAAAUUCUUUCAGCAAAAACUUAAUUGGGGAACGAUGGAUUAAGAAUGCAUUUGUCAGGGUUCCCUGGUAGCCUAGCAGUUAAGGAUCCCAUGUUGUCAUUGCUGUGGUCCAGGUUUGAUCCCUGGCCUGGGAACUUUUGCAUGCCGUGGGUUCGACAAAAAAAAAAAAAAAAAAAAAAAAAAAAAGAAUGCAUUUGUCCACAUCCACUUCUAUAGGUGUUGAAUCAUAUUUAUGUGAGUGAAAUUUGGGGAGAAUUAAGGAAAUCCUUUGUGGUGAAGGAUCCUGGGAAAUUCUCAGGUAAAAAAAGCUUGCAGCAGAUGGGUAAUAUAUGUCUUGAGAGCUAUUUAUAAGAAAUUUAAGGAUUGUUUUGUUUUAUUAAAGAUUUAAAUGUUUUUUACUUUGCAAAAAAAAAAAACUACAAAAGUUUUAUAGUCACAACUUUGUUAAUUUUUUAAAACUUUUUUGAAAUAAUUAGAUGUAGCCAAAUUACGUGGUUAUGUUUUGCUAUGUUGAAUUUAAAAACGUAAUGUGUGUGGUAAAUCUACUGUUUGAAAUUUAUAAUGGUCUCAGAUAAGGUUGAAUUUUUGAUAACUUUUAAAAUAGUUACUUUUUUUCUUUCAGUCACAAAGGCAAAUACGGAUUUAUAUUUGUUCUUUUUUUCUUGAAUGCUAAUUUUUCUACAAAGCGUCUGAAGUUGACCCGUCAUUUCCUAUGUAGAAAACUUAAACUUGUUAACUCUGUACUUGAAUAAAAUUGAAAAUGGAAAAAUAA